AGUCACGUGACGUGGGCGUGGUGUCGGCCGAUGUGCGGUAGCUGUUGUUGGGCAGAAGAAGCGCCGCGCCAUUCCCUUCCACCUUGCUCGGCUCAUUUAUUCGUUUUAAAGAUUUUAGACAUGGAGGCCUACAAGCCCAGGGGCAGACGCCAGACUGCAUCCUCCUCCAAGUUGUCCAAUGGAUACAUCCUGCCUGAGGGAAGACUGACACCCAACGCGCUCUUUGUCGGUGGGAUAGACAUAAAGGUGGAGGAAAAUGAAAUACGCGACUUCUUUGCAAAAUAUGGCCUAGUCAAGGAAGUGAAAAUCAUCACAUACCGUGGAGGACUCUGCAAAGGUUAUGGCUUUGUGUACUUCAAUGAAGAGGUCAACAUUCCGUCAAUCGUUGAGGAACACAUCAGUUUUAAGGGCCGGAAACUCAAGCUGGGCCCCGCAAUCAUGAAAGAAAGGAGUUCACGGUCCAUGCAAUCCUGGUCUGGCCAAGCUCAUUGGACGAGCCCCACCCAGUACUUCUACUGUGCUUGCUGCUCACCUGUAGGGGGUGGUGUGGCACAACCUUCACCCAUUCUCAACGGCGGCAGCCCCUACCCUCCGCCAUACUCCUAUUCCAACUACGGAGGAGGUGUGAUGGUCCCACAGAUGCCAAUGAACUACCCACAGAAUGUCUUUGCCUACCCGUCCUCUCCAGCUCACUGGACGGCGGACCAGAGGACGCACCCUGUCAAUCAGAGCUUUGUGGACUGUGGAGUCCAGACUAUGUUGACUGUGAUGUAGUCUACAGAUACUGAGCCUCCUGCCAGGCCACAGUGCUGACAGGAUGGACAGACAGACAUCUUGAUGUUCCGGACACCCAGAAUCAACCCAUCUCCCAGACCGAUUUUCAAUACGCCCUCCUCUCAAUUUCUGAGACCCAUUUUAGCACCGGACUGUGAGAACUCCCCACUUUAACUGUACUAGUUUGAUCACAGUCACUUUAACCAUGACUGGUACAGUUUUACCUGUGCUCAGCGGCUUUUAACCCACGUCGAUCACAGCAAUAAUCGCACAGGAAGAGCAAAACACCCUCACUGGGACCAGCUGAUAUAUGGGCUCAAGUUUGUCAUUCUUUUUUUGUUUUCCUUUUGAUAUUUAUCCCCGAACAAAAGACUUUUAAGUUCACCAAUUGUGCCUAUUUAUAUUUUAUGUUGUAUUUAUUUUUGGCAUAUAUUUUUGUUUGUUUAUUUAAGCCCCUUCAGUGGCUCUCUGUACAUACAAGCUAUAUAUAUAUAUAUAUAUAUAUAUAGUAGUAGUAUGCUUCUUUGACUCAAUUUCAGGCCUAAUGCUUCUCUACAUUCAAAUUUCAAUUAACUCGACCACUACGGCAUAACAGCACUUCGUCAUCCCAAUUAAUUUGUCAUUCAUUUCAAGCACUCAUGAUAUCGUUAAUAUUUGGUGGGCUGUUUUUAUUCCAUUGGGUGUCAUUAGAGGUGGUAAAUGAAAGAUGCGUGAUCACCAUACUGAACCAGACUUUCCAGGGUUAGUUUCACAGCGCCUGUGGCACACUGAUCAUCCUGUGUGACUCUUUUCGAACCAUCUCCCACCCUGUGACCACUCCCCCUCGGAUGUUUCCAAGGGUUCCCACUCAAAGACAAUCACGGCAUCAAUUUACAAUUCCGAUCACUUCAUCAAUCAGCUUUUAAAAUUGUGGGGGGAGAAAUGUGAAAAACAGUUUUAAUCCACUUUGAAAUGAGUGUCACUAUCUUGAUUUAAUUUAUCUGGGGCAAAAUGUUCACAGUACAGGGUUCACUUUAUACAGAAGGAAAUUCAUAAAGAAAAGAAAUUGGUUUUAAUCCAGAUGCUGGUGAUCUUACAUGAAGAAUUUUACUGACUGCGAGCAAUACUUUUUUUUAUUCUUAUUCCUAUUCAUGACAUGCACGGUAUGUUUUAGGUUUUAUUUGAGGGGCAGCUUUGUUUGGUUGGAGAUUCACAUUGGGUGUUUGGUACACAUCACCUGUUAUCCUUUUUAUAUGGGCGUUGGCCUCAGAAUCUCCUGUUUAGACAUCUGGAUUGAGUCAUAUUGUUUUGUUCAGAGAGCCUGGGCACCCCACUAUGUUUGGGUAGUUAGUGUUAUCUGUUAAUGUUCACAUAUGUGCAGGUUUGAAUUUGUCUGUAAAAAAAUAAAUAAAAGUUGAAAUGUUCUCAUGUAAGCUUGA